AUGGCCUCCAUCGCCGCCUCUGCCGCCACGCCCCAGGCCGUCAUAGGCCAUGUCCAGAAGCUAGGCGAUGCCGAUCCCGACUUUCGUUUCAUGUCCCUCAACGACCUGCUUCAGCUGCUCACGACUGCGAGAGAGGAUUUUCUUCAGCACGAUUACAACAUUGCCGCGAGAACGGUCGAUGGCAUCAUCAAGACGUUGGACGAUCAGAAUGGAGAGGUGCAGAACCUGGCGAUUAAGUGUCUCGGGCCGCUUGUGGGCAAAGUCCCGACUCCCAUUAUUGCUCCCAUGAUCGAUAAGCUCUCGUCGUUAAAGCUCAAGAACUCAGUUGAUACCGCUGUGCCAGCGCUAGCCCUGCGAGCCGUUAUCACCGCACUCCCUCGGCCUAUCCCAGGCAUUCCGAGCACUUCUAGUAUCCAAGAGGCAUAUAACGCCAUCAGCCGUGUGUUAAUUCCCAGACUCAUUGGACCCGGUCCUUUGACGCGAGUCCCACAAGCACCAAGAGUCAAUCUGCCUGCUGUCCCGACCGGACUAUUGCAGGAUGAAAAUGGAGUCAACGCUGAAGCCGUUGAUGUGCUAGUGGAAGUUGUGCGAUGCUUUGGUCCCUUGCUACAGCAAGUUGAGGUGGAAGCGAUGCAGGAGGUCGUCUUGCAGCUACUGCAAGGGGACAAGGCUUCUUCUGUGGUCAAGAAGAGGGCAGUAGUUGCUAUAUCUAUGCUUGCCGUCUAUCUAUCCGAUGCUCAUCUGGCAGAUGUUAUCAAUCGGAUCACCACUGAUCUAUCCAAUACCAGCGUCUCUCCAGUCACCCGCCGUCUCUAUAUUUCAAUAAUGGGCAGCAUGGCCCGGUCAAUUCCUCCUCGGUUCGGCGUGCACCUCCAAAAGACAACGCCUUUUAUUCUUGCCGCCCUGUCUGAAGCGGAGCUCGAAGCUCAUACGGAAAAGAUUAGCGAUGGUGACGAUCUGGGACCAGAAUUCAACGAAAUUCGAGAGACUGCUUUAGUCGCGCUGGAGGCAUUCUUGGCUUCUUGCCCACAAGAGAUGCGGCCUUUCACAGACGAUGCCCUUACCUCCUGCUUACGUUAUCUGAAAUAUGAUCCCAAUUAUGCUGUGGAUGACGACGAAGACAUGGAUGUCGAUGAGGAGGAAGAGGACGAUCAAGAUGACGAGUUCGAAGAUGACGACGGUUUUGAGGAUGACGAUGACGACGCAAGCUGGAAAGUCCGUCGAUGCGCUGCGAAAGCCAUAUACACACUCAUUUCCACCCGUGGCAGCGGCGAUCUCUUGGACAACGGUGUCUUGUAUAACCAAGCUGCCCCACAACUUGUGAAGCGUAUUGAGGAGAGGGAGGAAAACGUUCGUCUCGAGGUCAUCUCUGCUCUGUCGCUGCUCAUCCGCAAGACAGGCGAGGGCCUCCAUACAGUAGAUCUCACUCGAGACGAGUACGAGCCUGAAAUGGUAUCCCAGAUCCCCGUCAACCGUAAGAGGAGAAGGCAAAGCAGUGCCGGGGGAUCAAGCGCUGCAAAAUUUAUGGCGGGCUCUGGCAUCACGUCGCCUGGCGCAGAGAAGAUUCCUGCUCAAGGUCCACGAGCAGAUCUCUCCAAACUAACGCCAAGCAUCGUCAAGGCCGCAACCAAGCAGCUAAAGGGGAAAACUGUGCCAACGAAGCAGGCAAUCGUUAGUAUGCUAGAUGACCUGGUAUCUGUUCAGCAUGGCGGCCUUGUCGACUUUUUCCCCGAAGUCAUCGGACCCAUCGUUGAUGCCGUCAAGACUGCCGGCACCAGCUCGAUCUCGUCUUCACUUGCCGCCGCAGGAGGCUCUGCAUCUGCAACUCCAAGCACCCUGCGCGUCGCCUCGUUGAAGCUUAUAAGCGAUAUUGCCAAGACACAUUCAUCCUCAGUGCUUCAGCCAUACCUGAGCAAGGUCGUUGCCGGAGUUGCGUCGGCCGUUCAUGACCGCUUUUAUAAAAUCUCGAGUGAGGCAAUUCGCACAUCAGAAGAGCUUGUCAAAGCAAUCACUCCUCCACGAGCUCGCACUGCCGGAUCAAAGUUCAAAGACGACUUGGACAAGCUUUACGAAGUCAUCGUGGAUCGUGGCUCCGCCAACGACGCUGACGCGGAGGUCCGACAACGUGCUAUCCAUGCUCUAGGAAUUCUCAUUUCCAGGACAUCUAGUGCGGAAGGAUCUGGUCUCUUGUCGGCCGAGAAACGAACGGUUGCUCUGAAUAUUCUUCAGGAGAGGAUGAAGAACGAGACGACACGUCUAGCCGCAGUUCGUGCCGUUGAUAACGUUGCAGCAUUUGCUGUCUCUCCGGACCAGCUAGAGCAGGCUUGGAUCCAAGACGUCGCCCUGGAGCUAUCGGCUCAGCUACGAAAGGCCAACCGCUCUCUGCGAGGCUCCAGCGUCCAGGCUCUCAAACACCUCGUGCUCUCAGCGGCCACUCAAGGCAAGCUAGAACCAGCUACUAUCCAGGGAAUUGUUUCUGCUCUGCUGCCCACCAUCAAGAACAGCGACACACACCUCCUCGGCCCUACCUUGAUCAUUCUUGGCAACAUGGUAAAGGACCAUUCGGACCUGAUCAUCAACGAAGAGAUGAUCGGCGCGCUUUGCCAACUGCUUAAGUCGCACUUUGCAAGCAUCGUCCUCGACCAGCUGCUUGACUUGAUCAGCCGCGUCGGCCAGAGUGGCGCCGGCGAACCGCUUAUGCAAGGUCUUUUGAAAGACGUAAGCGUUCAGGGCGACCCUGGUGUCGUUGGCAAGGUUAUUGGAACCCUUCUAGUGACCGGUGGUACCUCAGCUGGUGUCUCUCUUGACAGUUUUGUUACAGAGCUCCAUGGCAGUACAGAACGUGGAGAUGAGGCUGGUGUGAGCCUUGCCCUCGCUGUUCUUGGAGAGUCGGGAAUGAGACUUGGGGAUAAAUCGCCUUUGAAGCCUCAGCUAUUCUUGGACCAAUUUCAUUCAGAGCCAGACAAGGUGUCGCUGGCCGCUGCCAUCGCCCUUGGCAGGGCUGGCUCUGGAAAUAUUCCCGAGUAUCUCCCAAUUAUUCUCAAAACAAUGGAGGGUGGGGGCAAUACCCAGUAUCUGCUUAUCCAGUCGAUCAAAGAGAUUUUGCAGUCAAUCUCAUCACAGUCUGCCGAUCUUCGAGGCUACGCCACUCCCAUCUGGGACCAGCUCCUAGCAGCCUCAUCGAAUGCUGACAACAAGAUUAUUUGCGCUGAGUGCGUCGGCCGCCUCGCCACCCUGGACCCUACCACUUUUAUGCCCAAAUUACAGACACUCUUAAAGGAUCACUCAUCAGGAAUCCGAGGCAUGGCAGUCCAAGCAGUCAGAUACACACUUCCCGAGAGCGACGAGACGUUUGAUGCCAUGCUUCGUAAUGUCCUCAUCGAAAUGCUUCUAGUCAUGCUGCAAGAUUCAGAUAUGGAAAUCCGACGACUGGCCAUGACGACGUUGAAUUCAGCCGCUCACAACAAGCCCGAUCUCAUUUUGCCUCAUCUAGGUGAACUCCUACCCUUUGUUCUCAGCGAAUCGGUCAUCAAGAAGGAGCUUAUCCGGGAGGUCAUGCUGGGCCCGUUCAAGCACAAGGUCGAUGACGGCCUGGAAGUGCGCAAGAGCGCAUACGAGACCCUCUAUGCACUCAUGGAGACGGCAUUUACACGAAUUAACAAUAUCGACUUCUAUGACAGAGUGAUUGCUGGUCUUAAGGAUGACAACGACAUUCGUCAACUUUGCAACCUCAUGGUGACCAAGCUCAUCGUGAUCGACCCCGAUGAGACAGCACGACGGCUGGACUCGAUCGCCGAGGCCUACCGUGGAGUCCUAUCAAUUAAACUCAAGGACAAUGCUGUCAAACAGGACGUUGAGAAGCAAGAAGAAACCAACAAGAGCAUAUUGAGAGUAACGCUUCUUCUGGGUGACAAGAUGAAGGCAAUGACUGGAAACGCUGGCGCAGCUACUAGCAACACGGCGGCGGCAGGUGUCUGGACAGGCUACUGGGAAUGGGCCAACAAGGAGUUUGAAAGGCAGCUUAAAAGUCUUCGUGAGGAAAGCAGCCAGCUCCACACGAGAACCCUUUAA